UUUUUCAGAGUUAAAUCGACAAAAACAAAUUAAGGUUUCAAAAAUCAUAUUUAAAGAAGUACUCAUUUUAUUGGUUAUUGUCAGUAUCGUAAUUAUUGAAAAUUUGUUGAUUCGCCUAGUAUGUAAUUUUCAAAUUUUGAAAAAGUUUUGUGGAAAUGACCCUGAAGCUUUCAGAUGACCAAAUAUAUUAUAAUAUUAGAGUUAGACCAGUGAAACUAGAAAAAAAAGGAUUCCAUGUACUCGUAAUCAUUACUUCUUGAAGAUAAGGAGAAGAGAAGCGAUAUAAUGGAUACAAGUAAUAUUGAGACAGAAAGGAGUAUCAAUAAGUCAACUUCUUCAUCAUCCUUGCCUCUUGACGAUGAAGAGAAAGAGGUGAGUAAGACAAGUCCGUGCCAAACACGGACUGUACUUGAAAAAGAACCAGAAAGACCGACUCGUCCGUCACCUUUAGUUGAGAAUAAUGAAAGGGCACGGACCAGUGAUCCGAGCACUGAAGGAAAGAACAAAUCAGUGGCUCAUCUGAAUUCGUCAAACUUUUCUGAUAUAAGUGAUAGUGAUGAUGACUUUCUUCUUGCACCACCAGAGGUCCUUAUUUCUUUGAAACACCUUUACACACUGAAUGAGCCAAUAACACCAAGGAAAGAAGCAAGAAUGAAGUACACUAAAGUGAAAAAUAAUAGUCCAGCUGACGAUAAAGAGUUAGACAACUCAAAAGUUCAUCAAUAUUACAAGAAACAGAAGUGUAGCCUGUCCUUGGAUAAGUUAUUAAAAGAUAUGGAAGUAGAUGCCGAGUUGAAAGCAAUGGAUGAGGAAUUAAAACGGGGGCAGGUGUCACUUGAGGAGAAUAAUGAGGAUAAAGUUUUGGUUCAGUCUCCUUCACACUAUGGACUUUCGGUUGAACAGUUUAUACUCCCCGAAGACCGCAUUUCUAAGGCCUCUCCUGGACUUUCUGUGUUUUCUUUGAAGCAGUGUUUUCAGUUCUUCAGUCAAGGAAAAGGACUCACUCUUAUUAGCUGUGGUUUCAAAGAGGCAGAAGGAACAAACUUUGACAAAAAACUUAUGAGGAUUCCAGAAAGACUUCUUCCUCAAAUUAUAGUCUCGGGAAGUUUUCACCAUCAACUCCAGUUCACAGCCUUCAAAGAACCUUUGCUCUUGUACCUUUUCAGACUUUUAGGAACCCACCAAGAAGUCUUAGUUCAAAACGCUUGUAAACAGAGCCUUUGGAACCUGAUGAGUUUCAGUUCUUUUGUGAAGACUGACCAGUUCAAGUGGUGUCCACCUCUGAAGGAGCUGACCAAAGUUUUUAUUAAUCUUGGAGUUUUCGCAAGUGACCACUGUCCACUCAGAGAUUUAUUUCGGGAAGCAGAAGGUGAGUUAAGGUCUUCUGUAGCAGAGCAAAGAGUGGUUGAAAAUAGUGAUCAAGCUGCUGGGACUGAUUUAGAAAACUCUAACAGUGACAGGUUUCUUCAGAAUCUGUACAACGUCAUUGAAACUCUAGCAUUUCUCAUUGAAAACUGGAAUACGUACUCCUACGAAGAUUUAAUUAAUAUUGUUCAGCUUCUAUGCUGGGUUAGUCUUGAUCCUAAGGCUGAUGGUCUGAGUGUCGUUAUUGAGAGAUGCAUAGCUGCAGUCUUGGAAGAAAUUCCCCAGUCAGAGUGGUGUGAUGUGGUGUGUCAGUUAUCACUGAAGUUAACGGACCUGCAGGGUAAUCAUCACGAUUUGGUAUACGUGGCCAACAACCUUCCCCCAUCUGUUAGAGGGAUACAACUCAGACAAACACUGAGUUUUUUUGCAGUUCAGAAAUAUCUUGAUGUACCCACACCCCAGCUGGAGACAGAUGUUACUGUAGGUAUUUUAGUAUGUUGAGAGCGAAUUCAUUUAUUUGAGGUAGUUUCAUUAUCUGACUAGGACUAGUCGUCGUAAUAUUCGUGACAGGAACUACAUUUUAUAAAUGCUAAGUUGUGCUUCUGAUUUAAUAUUUUCACAUGACUGUUGUAGCAGCACUAAUAAUUUACUUGACUAGUAAUAUUUCAAAAAUGUGAAUGUAUGUUAGAUGAAGUAUUCUAAACUCUACGUUAUCAUUUGAACCGAGGAGUUAAUAAUAGUAAGAUAAUCCCAAUUUACUAUCACAGGGCUUUGUAAUUUUAGUUGUCAAAGUAAGUAAAUAUAUUAACAAAGAAGUGAUCAAUAUUUAGCUUCACCAUAAAUGUUUUUUUUCUCCAGCCAGUUAAAGUUUUGGACCUACUGAAUGGUUAUCCUCUUCUCGAUGUGAAAGACUAUUACCUCCUUCACAGUAUCGUGUCCUUUAUAGACUUCGCUGUUGGAAAUGAUGUUACUUCCAAAUAUAGGGUAACUU